AUGCCGCGCCCUCGCGUCUUCUUUGACAUUCAAAUCGGCACGCAGCCUGCCGGCCGCAUUACCAUCGAGCUCUUCGACGACAAGACCCCCAAAACCUGUGAAAAGCUCCUAUGUACCGGCUCCAAUGGAACCUAUACAGCCCCCGGAGGUAUAACCCACGCCCUCCAUUAUAAGAACUCAACCUUCCACCGCGUAAUCUCAGAAUUCAUGAUCCAAGGCGGCGAUAUCACCAAUGGCGAUGGAACUGGCGGGGUGAGUAUCUACGAUGGUAAAAUGUUCGCCGACGAGAACUUGGGUUGGCGAAAGAUCGAUAAAGAGGGACUUGUGUGCAUGGCGAACAGAGGAAAGGGCACCAACAGUAGCCAGUUUUUCAUAACAUUGGCCGAGUCCGAGUACCUAACGGAUAAACAUACGUUGUUUGGACAUAUAGUCGCGGGCAUGGAUGUUGUCAAAAAGAUAGAGGACCUCAAGGUCGACGAUUCCGAUAGGCCGCUCGAAGAUGUCAUUAUCGCAAGCUCAGGAGAGCUCGUAUUCAAAAAGAGGGACCCUGUGCCCGUUCCAGCAGCACGAGAGACGCGCAAAGAGCUUGAAGUUCGCAGUUCCCCAAGGUCACGAUCGCGCGAGCGGGGGAAAAGGGAUGAGCACCGCAGAGAGGAAUCAAGUCGGCAUCAUAGACGGAAAAGAUCCCGGGACGGAAAGUCAAGAUAUAGAAAGAGCCGGAGUAGGAGUAGACCCCGAGGGGCUGAGACCGAAACUCUCGCAGCCCCGGUAGAGGAUAUCUCGCGAGGGCGGUCUCGGGAGCGUCGGGGCGCAGGACCGGCAGAUGCAAAUGCGACGAUCAUGGAGGAACCGGAAGACUCGAUCUCCUCUCCGCUGCAACCAAAGCGUAUUCCGUCACGUUCGAGGUCACGGCAUAGGCACCGGCGGAGAAGGUAUCACUCGGGAUCACGGUCACCUUCGAGAAGGCGGCAUAGGAGGCAUAGGGAGAAGGCAUAUGAGUAUACGCGUGACGAGGAAGCGGAAGAGAGGAUCCGUAGAGAGGAGAACGAACGGGAGAUGGAGAGAUUCGCCAGAAUGGAUGAUGACCGGGGAGUUGGCAGAAGUGGCGAGCCAGAGGUGAAAUUUAAAGGAAGGGGGAGCAUGAAAUAUCGGGAGAAAAAGAAUUAG